AACAGUCAACUGGGACAAUCAAACUUGUGUGUGUGCAGAAAGGAGAAAAGAAGAACAGAGGAUGGACACACUGGAUGGAGGGAGACACUCUUUACCUUGAACUUAGAUGUGAAGACCAGAUCUGCAAGCAAACCUACGAAAGAACUGCUUGCACCAUUGUGUUGAACUGAAAUUCUUGCAAGUUUAUUGAAGAAUAAUAACAUACAGACGGUUUCAGCAUUAAUCAAUUCUCAAACAAGUGAACAUAGCAUUACAAAAAGGGGGGAAAGCAUAGAGGAACGCAAGAGUGUCUCCAAAAAUAUGUCUUGUGAGGAGUCUGUCACUUUUCUUAUUUGUAGCACGUUAAAGCGAUUUGACAAGCAACUUUGUUUCAAUUAAAAAAAAGUUAUGUUUCAAUAAAUUCCACAGAAAAUGACAUAUUUGAUGCAUUUAUUAUAAGUGCUAUAGGCCUACUGCAGUUAAUUAUUGAUUUCAGUUCAAAGGGCUGAGUUUAUUUUGUCUUGUAAUGCAUGAGACUUGAUUUAAAGAUCUAAACAAAUAUUGAAGUAAGGGAGACUGAGACUGGUUGGCACAGUUUUCCUACAUUUAGUUAAUCCAUGACUAAAAUGUUGUGCAGUUGUGUCAACUAACCCCAACACAGCAGUGGUUUCCACAGUAUUGAAUGCUUUAUUCUUAGUGAAGGAACAAACAGAAAUAAUCACUUGUAACUUCCCCGUGUGACAUCAUCAUAUAUUGAGGAACGAUCCAUAAAAGAAACAUAUUUCUUUCUAUAUUCUUUAUCUUGACUGACAUUCGCUCCGCAUCAGUAGGAGGCGCUGCUACGGCGAUAAUAAACGCUGACGCCGCCACUACAACGUGAAGAACACAAUUCGCGCUAUUUUUUGUAACGCCUAAAAUUAGAGUUGAGCUUUACCUUAUUUAUCUACUGAAAAUGGAUGAGGACGAAACACAAAAACAGAGGCUUAAAGCAGCUGUGCAUUACACUGUCGGCCGUCUCUGUCAACACAUCGCCGCAGACUGCGAGAAACAGAUCACUAAACAGACAAUAGCAGCUAUUGCAGAGACUGCGUCCAGACAGUGCGAUAUAUUUGCCAAGGACUUGGAAGCGUUUGCGAGGCAUGCUAAAAGACACACAGUUACAGUAGAUGAUGUAAAGCUGACAGCGAGGAGAACCACUGCACUGUACAACUACAUUCAGCAGAAAAGCGAAGAACUGGCUUUGAACAACCAAGAACUGAAGAGGAAGAGGAAUGCUGCCAAGAGCAAGAGUAAAGACAUGGAAGCUGAGGAGAAUGAGCUUGAAGACUGAACAAAAUAAAUGAACAGAUCCACAUUAUUCACAUUUGAGUUGUACAAAGAAGUUGUUUUUUGUUGCAUGUAGUAAUAAAACAGCUGUGCAAAUAUUUAUACAUACAUCACAUUCAAUUCUAAAACACCAAACUUUUUUUUUUUUACUCAAUCAUGAGUUCAUGUUUUAUUGUAAUAAAGAAUCCUGUAAACAUCUCUGUUGGGAGUAUGAAGCUUUAUGAAACAAUACAGAUUGUAUAAAAUAUUUUAAAUCACAAAUUUU